AACUUAAAAAGAUAUAUCAGUGGCGUGCGUGCGCGUAUAAAAUCCCUCGCAGCGAAUGUUCAGUUCCAACAGCACAGACAAGCGUACAGCAUUCUUCCAUUCUCUUGUUAACAAGUUUGCAAGCUCAGCGUCUGGGCCAGAACGAACACCAUGGGAAUCUGGAAGGAGAAAGUCUUACAUCAAUUUCAAAGUGAAAUAAAAGACAUUAAAACACUUCAGUUCUGGAGAGCCGUGUGCGCAGAAAUAAUAGGAACGUUAAUUCUCGUAACUAACGGCUUGAUGUUGACGAUUGCCCUUGCUGACUGUCCCAAGUAUGUUACGACGUUAGGAAUAGCGGUAGGAAUGGGCUUCUGCUUGUACUGUAUUGAUGCUGCUAUUGGUCACGUCAGCGGGGCGCACAUCAACCCUGCAGUGAGUCUGGCACUCCUCAUUUCUAAGCAGUUCACGCCUCUGAAAGCGCUGAUAUAUGUCGUUGCCCAGUGUACCGGAGCAGUUUUGGGAGCAUGGUUGCCUGAAGCGUUUGUUCCACCCGGUCGUCAGAUCAGCGGCUACGUACAGCAUCACCAUGAAGUGACUCUGGCACAAGCUUUUGGAAUUGAAGUGUUUAACACAUUUUUCGUGGUUUUCAUUGCUCUGGGGUCUAUUGAUACCCACUAUCACCCAUAUGACCCAUCCUGGGGACUGCCCAUCGGACUGUCGGUGACAAUAGCCAUCGUUACCGGGGGAGAUUUAUCUGGUACGAUGUUGAACCCAUGUAUAUCAUUUGGGCGUUCCUUCAUAGCUGGCAAGUGGGAACAUAGUUGGCUGUACUGGGUCGGCCCUAUUACUGGCGCAUGUUUAGCCACGUUUAUUUACCACUAUAUAGUCAGACAGGGAGGAACGCCAAUAGAGAGAAAAGACAAUGGGGUUUUAGGAGAAGAUGUGGGAUCAAAUAAAGAACAUCAUCACGGAAACUGGGUUGCAGACGAGUUUAUCAGUCAACAUGCGUGCAGCAAGUGCAAGACUUUGCAUAGCCAAAUAUCAUCGUUAAGCAUUGUCCUCACGAAUCCAACAACAGCAAUUGACGAGAAUGGAGAAGAACAGUUAACUUCAAUGUGACCCAGUGGACCGCCAAAGACAAGCUGUCAGAAGUCUUUCAACUGUCCAACAAGAACACGACUGACAUGGAGUCACCUUUGACCUCGGUUUAAAACCGCAGGUGUCCUUUACCUUAAGACCUUAACGUGUAAUAUCUUCGAGAAACAGACAGCAACAGUAUUAAAACAUCUUGAUUACACUCUAUAUUAGAUUGAGCUAAAUUCUGAUUAAAUUUCACAAUAGUACAAUGGUACAUUUCACAAUGGUACAUUGAUAAAUUAAUUUAUGACGUAUUUAAGUUUUGUUUCAUUCAUAAAUAACUUAUAUCAGUAAUAUAGUUAUGUAUUACCACCAGAAAGAAAUAUUCAAUCUUUCAUUUUUUAGGGAGUUAUAUCUAAAUAUUAUUUUACAGUAUAUAUUUAAAGCGAAUUAAAAAUAGUAUUGAAAUAAGUUUACAUUCUAUGUACAGCCCUCUUCAGUGAGUACAUUAUUUCAAAUAAAAGGAGAGCAACAAUAUUAAGAAACGAAAAUAAACCAAUACGUAUAAUCCUUUAAACUGUUUCUAUAUACCUCUACUAGUAGAUAAUCCCAAGCUUCGCAUUCAUGGAAAGUCCUCCAUAACCAUUGUACCUGUACCGAUUUCAAUAUUAGCCGACAUGGUGAUGAUGAACGUUCGCAGGGUGUACAGUGGAGCCGCCAUCAGUACUUUGUAAUAAGACGCCCCAGAUUCUGUAUAUUUCAAAAUUUCGUUUUAAAACAAAUCUAAAACAGUUUUUGUCAAUUUAGCAUGAAAAAGUCAUUGGUCAUUGUACACAAACAUCUCCCAC